CCAACUGAGGACAGAGAACAAGGACUGCAGCAACUUCUCAAACUUGCAUUAUAGGCUACUGCAGACUCUCUCAAACCGUGGUGUGUUACACUAGACUGGCUGCUUUACAUGGAUCUUAAUGGCCAGCCAAACCCUUCCAAUAAUCAUUUUAUUUUACACUCAGAAGACCACUGAAUGCUGGCGUGGAUUGUGUUACUCAUGUCAGGAUACAGAAACUAACAUGGAUUUUAUUGCAUUGCACGUAGCAGAUCACUGAGUUCUUGAAAGUGCUUUAUCAAAGGGAAGAACACAGUCUCCAAACCUAUCUGGCAGAUAGUCCAAUGUGCGCAUUGCCCAUCAGAGGAAGAACAUGACCGCUGUGGUGUGUUUGGGCUCUAUCUCUGGUAUCAGAGCACUGUGGGAAGGCAGGAUACAGAGACAUCAGGAGGAGCUGAAGGCAGAGAGAGAAAAGAGAGGAAAACUUUCAGUGGGAGAAAUUUCAAACGUGUGGGAGAAUCGGAUUCAACUAUCUAAACUGAGAGAGAAGGUCUUUAAUGAGGAGGGAAGAUUAAUUUUAAGGAUUGAAAAGGAAGAGUGGAAGACUUUGCCGGCAUGUUUAGUAAAGCUCAAACAUCUCCAAGAGUGGCAGAUACACCGCACUGGUCUUACGGUGAUACCUACGUUUAUUCCAAACUUUACUAAUCUAUUGGUCCUGGAUUUAUCACGGAAUGCAAUAACUAAAAUUCCACGGGAAAUUGGAAGGCUUAAAAAGCUACGUGAGCUUCUUCUCAGCUACAACCGUAUCUCAGAGGUUCCUGCUGAUCUGGGCGGCUGUGAGAGCCUGGAAAAGCUUGACCUUGCAGUGAACAGGGACAUAUCAGAGCUCCCAGCACAGCUUAGUUCACUGACACAUCUCUUCCAACUGGACUUGAAUAUGAACCAGUUUGAAAGCAUCCCAAGCGUUGUGCUGGACCUGCCAUCUCUGGAAUGGCUGGACAUGGGCAGUAACAAGUUGCAGAAGCUGCCCUCAGAUAUAGAUAAAAUGCAGAGAUUACAUACAAUAUGGCUGCAGCGGAAUGAGAUUUCUGAGCUCCCAGACUCCAUUAGUUGCCUGAGAAAUCUGAAUACAUUAGUUCUAACCAGUAACAGGCUGAAAAGAAUCCCACAUUGUCUGCAGGGCCUGGGAAACCUACGAUUCGUCAAUUUCAGAGAUAAUCCUCUGGAGCUUCAAGUGACAUUGCCACCUUGCCAAGAGGGAGAGGAAGAGGGAGAGAGGGAACUGUUUGGUCUGGAAUUUAUGCACUUGUAUAUUCAGGAAUCAAUAGGAUGCUCCAUAAAAGAAAACACAGACUGUAUCCAAUAAGAUGGAACUGAAAAUGUGAAAUUAAAAGAUGGUAAAUAAGGAACAGGCAAAACGGAGCAAGUGUUCCAGUAAAAGUUUGAAUUCAAGGUCUAAUAAUUUACACGAAGAUGACACUUCAUGAGAAGUUAACAAGAUAAACUCUGAAUCUGAGGUCAGAAUGGUCCGUGAGAGGUCCUGCAGUGUUCAAAUGUAUCCAGUGACAAAAUGCUGUUAAUCAAAAAAUAUCUGAUUAUCAGAA